AUGACGGAGAUGUCUUCACUUCUCUCCCCCGUCGCCCCGGCUGUGCCUACAAGCGCCGUCAUCAAAGUCACCGACUCGCCCGUGCCCAUUCAAGUCUUUACUCACCCCAGCGCCGAUGACUAUUCCGUCUUCUUCCCCUUCCACGACCUGGCGGCCCUCAACAGCGGGCAGCAGGACCUGUUCUCGUUUAAGCAGCUCAUUAAAAAUGGUACCGAGGGGCAGGAUCUUCUCCUUCUCUUCACUGACGGGUGCGAGGUCGACGGCAAGACGGACUGCUCUAAAGCGUGUAGUAAUGUGUCCACGUUUUUCGGCUCCCUGGAGACCUUUUACAACUGCAUUGCCUUGUCGUCCAUCUCGUAUUGGACGAGGGAGACGAAUCGGUACUACAUAUCUGAGGAGGCGGAGCGCAAUGCCAGUGGCAUCAUGGGCUCGAGUUCUUUGGCCUCGUUUGAUGGAAGGCCGGUCUUGUCCUCGUUUGUGGCGUGUGCGCAGGAGGCGUGCGGUGCGGAUGGUCUGCAUAAGCCGUGUGAUGACUCGAUUAAGACGUUGAGCCAUGAGGCGAAUGCAACCGCCAUCUUCCAGGCCAUGGAUGACUUUUGUCCAGAUCUUCAGGCCGAAAUUAACCCGGAUAUAUUUGGGCCUGGUGUCCUCAUCUCAUAUGUUCUCCAAGUGACCUUUUCUGGAACCCUCUAUCUGUUCCUCAAAGCAUUCACUCUCUACGUGCACUACGCCCACAAAAAGCAGGAAACCGAGAAGCGAUUGCAGCGAGCCUCGUCUCGCGGCGGCCUCACCCGCCGCUUGACACGUAUCGAGUCCAUCAUCUGGCGCGACUCGUCGGCGCUGUCUCGCACAAGCAUCGCCCUCGCCACCACGCUCGUCGAAUUCCAAGAAGCGCAGUGCUGGUUUGUCUUCGCCAUCCAAAUCGCCUCCAUCCUCGCCAUUGUCGUCAACUCUCAGGAGGGCACCUUCUGGGGCGAAAUCAUUGUCAAUGCUGCCGUGGCAUUUCACGUCAGUCAAAACGGCAUACUGCCCAUGUUCCUGAUACAAAUCUGCCUGCACCACGAGGGUAUACGCAACUGGCAUACGUUUUUGGGCUUCUUUGUCGAAUACUUGCUGGCCAUUGUCGCGACCAGGCAAAAGGUGUAUUUUCGCGACGCCUUCAACUUGUUCAAACAGGAGAACAAAAUCGACGCGUGUGGGCAGAAUCCCAGUCCGCGGAGUUAUUGUGCGUCUACGCAGGGAGUGGAGGGCCUGAGAUUGAGCUUCUUCCCGCAUCCGUUGCUGUACAAGAUGGUUUUUUUGGUGUUGGAUACCAUUGCGAUUGUGAUCCUGGUGUUUGACCAGCUGAGUUGGACGCUGAGAACGCACCGGUCUACAAAACACAUCACGAUAAGGGGCUACCGAGUAGGGAGGGCGCCCAACAGUGGGCGGCUGAAGCUGGCCUGGAUUCACUUCAAGCAGUGGGUUUGGCGGAUCCUCGAAGUCAUGUAUCUCGUCAUCAAUAUUCUAUAUUUGAUUUCGUUGAUCAAGGUCAUUAGUGCCGACAGCUUCCAGGCGAAUAAGUGGUCGUAUGGACAGAUUAUUGCCAUGACGGUUUGGGGACCAGUCAUUGUCAAGUUGUUUGAUUUGGCAGUUUCCGGCCCGCCCAAAAACGGCCAACGACUCAACUCUGGUCCUCCGCGUCUACGAAUCGACAAUGUUAUCAACAGACGCCACGGGACGUCGGCAGACGAGGAGCUCGACGCCGAAGAGGAAGCGUACGGGACUGGGAGAGAGCGGCGGAUCCCAGCACCCCCGGAAAUAGACUUGCGGCAGCGGUCUCGGCCGACAAGGGAUGAAGAGGCCGACUUGACGGACGGCAUUGGCGAUAGUAUUGGCGAUGAUAUCAAGAGAGUGGGAAGGUAA